AUGUCCCAAUCCCAGAGCAAUGCCCGCACCGCCCACCCGUCGUCGAUGAUGCCUCCUGCAGCUGGCCUCAAGCGCGCUUUACCAACACCAGGUGAGAAUGACUCCUUCGCCAACAAGAUCGACCACCUCAGCUUACACGGAGGUUCAAUAGUGUCGCAACCCGAAGCCAAGCGGAAACCAUUAUCCGAGCGAGCUGGCACCGAAUUCCCAUACAAAACCAACGCACCGCCCGUAGUUGGCGGUCGAAACGUCCGAGGAAACUCUUUGAAAGAGCUGACCAAACCUCAGCCAUCAAACAUCAGCUCAUUCGGCGGACCGCCUCGCACAAUCUCCAAUAGCAGCUACGCUUCCAACAGUAGCUACGCCACAAGCCUUGGACCCGGCAGUCGUCCACCCUCACGCUCGCAUACGAGAGCACGGUCAGCUACUAGGAUUACACGACCUGCCACCUCAAUGGGCACACGGGACGGUGCGAGGGAUAACAAGCAAGAUGAGGGACAAGGCAACAAUGGUACAGUGCCCCAAUCAGCGGUUCUGUUUGCAAACACCAAGCCCAGUUCUAUCAGCACGCGCGGCAGGAAAGUACGGAAACACAAGUCCACUAUGGACCUGCCCAACGCAGAGUACCAGCCGAUGCCACCAGCCAGAGAAGUCUCUUUCUGUCAAGCGUUUGACUCAUUGUCUAUCCAUGGGUCUAGUGUGAACGGCCUAGGAAAUCAAGCGAGUUCCCAGCCGAGCAUAGCGACACCAUCAAAAAGCUCCAUCCCCGUCACCACGUCUCCGCGCAAACGGGUGCAUGAUACAAGUCAUCAGCUUGAAGCUCCUGUUGAAGAGUUUAGGGAUGACCCAGUGGCUCCCAAGACACCCAAUGUCGUGAUGGCCAGUCUUCGACGAUCGAUCAUGGCUGUUGCCACACCAAUGGCCGCAAUGCCUUCUUCGCCUACAAAGGCACCGUUUCUGUCUAAGGAUUCUAAUUUAACGGGCUAUUUAGUAGCAGAUAUCGACGACAAAGUUCGAAAAAUGGAUAGUGACCUCCAGCGGGUGAAGGAGUUAAUGGACCUAUCCGUAAAAAAUGAUGCCACCGCCAAAGAGGAGCUCGACAUGGCCAAGAAGAGAGUGGCGACCUUGGAGGACGAACGUGACACUUUGCGCGCCGAAAGGCUACGACUCAAGGAUCAACUCGAAGACGCCGAACGGUCAGCUCGGAAACUGGGGUAUGACAUUGAAGAGGAGAAGAGACAACGAGAAAGGCUUUUCAAAGAACUCAAGGCAGAUCACCAGAGAGAACUCGAUGCCAAAGCAGUCGCAUUCAACCGCGAAAUGGACAAGCUCGAAAAGCUGCAACAAGAAUUUGAAGAGAAGUGUGGAGCGGCGGCCGAAGCCCGCCUGGACAACUUGUCGCACGAGAACAAGGAACUACGCAUCGCGCUGGAGAGGCAGAAGCGAGAUCAUGAACAUGAAGUCCGACUCCUGAACGAGGACAUCCAUCGACGCGAUUCCGAACUGCGGAGACUCGACGAGGACCUGCGGGAAGCGACGAGCGAACAGCUGGGUCUCGAAACACAGAUACGUGGGAACAUCGAGACUAUUGACCGACUCAGGAGGAGAGCUGAGGAUGCCGAGGAGAGUCUCUCCAAGGACAAGGGACACCUGGGAGGCCAGAUCAGUCUUUUGAGUUCCACCCUCGAUUUGAAGUCGGAACGGAUCCAGCACCUCGAGGAGGAGACGAAAGCCUUGCAGGCCAAAUGCGAUAUAGAAGUUCAAAUCAUCAGAGCAGCUGCCCAAAAGCAAAUUGCCGACGAGACGAACCUGUUGAGACAGAAGCUCAUGAAAGAGGAAGAGAGGCGACAUAAGCUGUUUGAGCAGGUACAGGAGCUCAAAGGCAACAUCCGAGUCAUGUGCCGUAUCAAGCCUCCUUCCGACCCAAAAACCGAUGCUCUGAUACAGUUCAACCCGAAGCCCAGCGAUCUGGACGAAGACAAGAUUGACGGCAUGCUCAUCCCCACCGUCAGGGAAGACCCGACAGAGCCAGGGAAAAUGCUUGCAGGCAGGCCAAAAGAGUUUAACUUUGAGCGUGUCUUUGACGACAAGUGUACCAACAGGGACGUAUUCGACGAGAUUAGUCAGCUCGUGCAAUCCGUCAUGGAUGGUAGGAAGGUGUGCAUCUUCUGCUACGGUCAAACGGGCUCGGGAAAGACGUUUACCAUGAGUAAACGACAAGGCGACGACGAUGACGGUGUUAUCCCCCGGACACAGCAGAUGAUCUUUAGUGAGGUGGAGAGACUGAAGGCACUGGGCUGGGAGUAUACCGUGGAGGGAAGCUACCUCGAAGUCUACCAAGACAAGCUGUACGACUUGCUUGCCUCGCGGCACUCCAAGCCUGAACCUUUGAUGGUGGACCCCAUUGGCGACGAGUUGAACAUCAAGGGCCACGACUUCACUCUUCUAAAUGACGAACGAGAUCUCGACGACAUGGUCAAGACCGCUGACAACAAUCGCCACGUUGCUGCCACUGUGAAGAACGACCGCUCUUCUCGGUCGCACUCUAUCCUUGUGCUCAAGAUACAUGGGAUCAAGAGGAACGAGGCUGGAGAGAUCAUCAAGACACGGAAGGGCACGAUGAACCUGAUUGAUCUGGCCGGUUCCGAGAAGCCAGACAAGAACGGUCCACCUCAGAACUACAAAGAAGGUGUUGAGAUCAACAGCUCGUUGAGCUAUCUGAGGACUGUGCUAUCGGGUCUUGGUCAGGGCAAGACAGAAGGUGUUGACUUCAGGUCGUACACCCUGACUCAGCUUCUUCGGCCCUCUCUCGGGAAGGGCUGCAGGACUCUCAUGUUUGUCAUGGUCAGCCCGCUGAAGGAGAACGAGAACGAGACUAUCCGGAGUCUCGAGUUUGCGCGAGAUGCGCAGAAGGUCAAGAUGGGCGGCAAUGGGCCUGCAAAGGCGAAGAGGUAG